GCACUACGCGCAACCCUGCAUGCACAUGUACACUGUAUAAUUGUAUUAUAACUGCAUACAGUGUUGAUGAAUUGAUCUUCACUGUGUAUUGACAUAAACACAAUGAUGUCACUGUUGAUGUUAGAAGACAACUAUUGAGCGCUUUGUAGUUAUGAUAACUGUAUUUGCGCGGAUGAUUCUCCAAGCUCUGUUCCUCUGUGCCUGCGUUCAGGUGAAGUCCAUGCAAAUCGGAAUUGGUCAUUUCCGAUGUGCUCAUAUCUAAAUUUCGGAAAAAGCAGCAUUUCGCUGAAAUUGGGUUUACCUUGGAAAUAUUUUCAAAAAGUACUAAAACGUAAUAUGUGUAUCGUUUGACCAUAUGGUGAAGCCUUAAUUGUGCAAAUCCUGACAGCGUGCUUUUCACGAACAUAUUGACAAGAGUGUUACUAACUGACCAACUAUUAAUCACAUUGAGGUAUACAACAAACAGCAUUAGGGAUUUUUCUCCAGUAUUAGAGGAGGUUACAGGUUAAAUACGGUGCGGAUUUACAUGUUCAAGAACCUCCGAGUGGCCUUGAACGACGUAAACCACAGCGCGUGAUACUUGUUGUAAAAAUGUAUAUAGCGUGUUGAUUCCUGCGGUCGGCUGGCACACACGGCAAUGCUGUAGAACCAGACGCUGGAGAAAGGGUUCCCGUGCUUGGUAUCUGAUACAAAGAAACACUAAUGCUGAAGUCAAUGCCACCUGGUGCUAGUUACCUGCUGAAAACCAUGCCGGUUGAUCUGUCGGCAUAUUUGCUAUCCUCCAGUCCGCCAGCUUCAAGCUUUGAGUUCCUGAACUCGGCCUUUGCUCUAAGAGGAGAUUCAUGGAAUCGGGGGUGUGGUUUUGCAUCCAAAACUGAAGACUUCACAAAAUGUGAAGAUCCGUCUACUGAUCGUAAUGAAUUUGCUGAAAGUAAAGAGCCUCUCAAACCAAUUAUUAACCAUUACAACAGUUUUUGUAGUGAACAGGAGGAUGAGCCAGAUGUGUGCGACUCAUGUAGUUCCUCAAGGUCAGAGUCUCCAUCACCAGGAAAGACGAAGAAAAAGGUCUCGUUUGCCGACCAUAAAGGACUUGCUUUAGCUACAGUGAAAAUCAUGACGGAGCCCUCACAUAUGCCACCUCGUUUGCGACCGGAAAUUAUCUCGUCCCUCACACAGGGGGCAACGGCAGGUGUGACGGAACAACCCCCGCUGGUUCUACAGUUUCAGCAGCCAGCAUCGGACUACCUUGCAUUCAGAGCUCGAUUAGAGCACAACAGAUUGUCUCUGGAAAAUGUGAUCCUAAGGGAUUACACUGUUCUUGGGACUGUAAAAGUGAAAAACAUUUCGUUUGAAAAGAAUGUGUUUGUGAGGUGCACAUUUGACUCCUGGGAAACGUCUGAAGAUAUUGUUGCAACUUACGUGCCUAAUUCUUCCAAACAAAGUGGCAACAUUUUCGAUACUUUUUCUUUUGAAAUUGAAGUACCUACCAAUUUUGAUAGGAGUAAAAGCAUUCAGUUUGCUGUGUGUUUUGAUGCGAAACACCAGCAGUUUUGGGAUAGUAAUGAUGGUAUCAAUUAUGGAAUAGUAUCUGCAAACUUUGAGAGUUUAGAUGAUAGCUCUAUUCCUCGUCGUAACCAGCAAAAAGGUGAUAUUUUACAGAAUGUUGUCGCCUGGACUAAGUUUGCCUGUUGGAACAGAGUCGACACAACUGUGCCAUACUGGUGAAUAGUUUUACCAUCCCAGUUGGUAAGGAAAUAAAGGAAAUGUGAUAAAGAACAACCAAAUAUGCACAUGCUUUACACAUGUGAUGGUUGCUUGAUCGUAUGUGCAAUGUUCCGCGUCACAGUGCACACUUACCUAUAUAUGUAUUUAUGUAGGUGGUGGUUGGAAACAGAAUGUUGGUGCAUCCUCAUAUUGGUUUAUGUUGAUUGUACAAGGUUGACCAUGCUAGAAACAUGAAGGUUAGGGUCAGGUCCUGUAUAAGUACAUACUUAAACCUGCACUAUACUUUUUCUAUAGACAUUGUUACUACUUUAGCGAUUAUUCGUGAAUUUUGAAGCAAAAUCAUACAUAUAUAGCAUGCAUGCAUGCCUUGAAUCCAGAGUACAUGUGAUUUCCAUCACGAAAGUGAGCAAUAAAGAUAUUUUGUAGUGUACACAUGUCUGUAGGUGUUUAUAAAGGGAAAUUAUUUCUCCUUUAUUAAAUGGAUAAAAAGAAAAACCAAAUGUACUUUUUUGUAUUGAAUUUCAUUGAUUUAAGAUCAUCCAAACUCGUUAAAUGCUAUCACACUCCCUGAAUGUUAUGCACAAAUAUUUUGAAUUUUUAUUCAUUACAUAGUGCUAAAUAUAGAAAUGACAAUGCUCGAUUUUGGCUCCCCUUGCAGCCAUGCUGUGCUUUGUACAUUUAAAUUUGUUGACUUGAUUGAUGGCAUUGACUGAUACUAUUGAUCUAAAAUUUAAAAAAAGCCUUCUUGAAAUAAUAGUUUUUUGACUAAUCAAGUUCUCUAUACAUUUAUCCAACAGGAUAAACAACACAAAAUACAGAAAUGUAUUUCACUGCGACAGAGGCACUGCGACUGAUUUAUUAAACAAAUCAUUUUCAUACACAACAAUGCGUGUUAUGGACAUAAAGCAUGAAUGCACCUACAAAAAAAAGGAUUGCAUUAAAUUAUAGAUUUAUCAUAAACUUUGUCUGUUUCAGAUUAAUCCCCAUAUCACUGAUUACCAAUAUAUGUAUAUCAGAUAUAAAAUUAAUCUAAUUGUAAAUUCUAUUUCUGCCAAAACUCGCUCCCAAUAUUUUAAUUAUGUAAAAAUUAACUUUCGCGUCUACCUGCCGCUACCCGUGUCGGCUGAAUGACAUGUACACGUACAGGUAACACGCGGUUGGGAUUUGCACGUGCAAAUCACAGAUCAUCACGCCACCUAUUGGCACUGCAUAACACAAGAAAAUAAUUUCACCCUAACUCCUACCUGUCAAACGGUUGAAAUUAUAUAUAUUGGGUCAAUUUUGGCGUGGUCGAAGGGAGGUAACUCUGAAAGAGGCAUUGUAAAUAUCAAAAAUAGAUGUAUUAAAGUUAUAAUCAGAAGAAAGAAUGUAUUAUGUUAUUUCAAAUUAACACAGAACAUGUACCUGUCAUAUGUUUUAGGUAUAGCAGCACAAGGUGCAUUUGUGUAAUAUUAUUGUGAUUUGAAAAUGAAAUCAGGAUUGGUUGAUUAAUAGGGUCAGUAUCAAGGUAUCUCCAUUUUCUCAAGGAGAGUUUGUUGAUAAUUUGUUCAUGUGAAUUAAAAUGGCAUUUGACAUUGUAGUUAUUGAUAUAUAAGGUUGUGAUAUACAAUAAUGUAACUUUUCUUUCACUUGUGCCAUAUAUAUGUACAUGUAUGUACACUGGUCCAUUUCUCACCUUUAUUAUGUACAUAUACAUUGUACAAUUUAUUAUUGAUUGGUACAUGUAUACAAUACAUGGGAAGUACAAACCCUCCUCAGCUCAGAUGGGUCUUUUUUUGUCAUGUAAUCUAAAGGAAUGAUCAUAUUGGUUAAGAUUGGACACUAAAAACAGGAAUGCUUAGUUGAACUCGAAUUUGUUGAUUAAGACAAUAUAGUUAUAAUAGUUUCCCUGAUGAAAUACUCUACACUUUCUGUAUUAUAAUGCCAUUGAUGCAGAUGAUCUCUUCAUGUUUUGCAGUAUUAAUAAAAAAUAUAAUUCAAAUACAUACACGACUCAAAGCUCUUUUACCUUUAAAUUAGUGAGCUCACAGGUUAGAGUUCAGAGAAAGACAUCUACACCUGAUGAAGAUUAUUUUGUAACGUGCACGAAUGCUGCAUAUAUGCAUUACAUAAUACAAAAGAGCACACACACAGGUUUGUAGACAAUGUACUUGAUUUAAAAAGUAAACCAAAUCAAUAGAGAGAUUGAUUCUUGCUCUAGUCAUGUGACGCUGCUUUUGUCUCUAGUAUUUUAGGAUUCAUUUCAUUAUGAUUUACUGGAAAAAAACCUAUAUCAUACGCCAGCACAGGAUGCAUAUUAGAAUGAUCAUGUGAGGAUAAUAAAGCAUGCUUUAAUCAUGUGUUACUACUAUUACAACUGGAAGUAACCAGGAAUCUCCGUAGAUGUGUGGAAUUUGAAUUUAAUGUGCGAAAUUUGAAUAUUUUUAACUUUGUGUGGUCUAUAUAAUUUUGUACAAAUACAAGAAUAUGCAUGGAAAUUGUACCAUGUGAGUUGUAAUUAUUGUAUUCAUCUUUUGGUUUUCGUUAUUGUAUAAAUUGUUUUAAACACAUUUAUAUUAAAUUGUUUAAAACACAUUUAAAAAAUUGAACAGAAAAAUUACUUGUUUUUUCCUAUAUUCUAAUAUGCUUGUAUUUUGUAUUUUACAAGCUGAAUUGUACAUUUUCAUAAGUACUUGUAUAAUUACCUUAUAUAUACAUCUAUAUUUAUGUGAUAUACCGAUACUGUAGGCUGUGGUGUGUGGAGCACUAACUCACCAAGCUACAAUCUUUACUUCUCAUUUAUACCAUUAGAUCUUUGAUUAAAUAUAUGCCAAAGUCAUUGUGAUAUUGGGGGGGGUGGAGGGGGUGCUGUUUACAUGUAUAAAGACGUACUUUAAAGAAACUUAUCAAUGUUUCGUUUCACCUUUACUUAGGGUCCUGAUCAGAUCACAGACAAUUUGUUAGCUGUGAUAAAAUGUUUUUCCUACAAAUUAUAAUAUAUGUAAAAAGUGAGCGACUGAUCACUCUAAUGUUGCAUUGUUAUUGGUUUAGUAGCAGGUGUGUGAAGUCGGACAGCUGGCCAGACAGUGACUGGAUGUUCACUGCACUGACCAGACUGUUAGAGGCCUUGAACGGACAUGUCGAUUGCAGAGAUAUAGGAUACCCAAUUUUUAACGAAUGAGAGUGACAGCAGGUGAUGUGCUAUGUAAUAGUGAGAUGUUCAACAGAGAGUGUGAGAAUGGUCGGACAGAGGUCUUCUGUCAUCAUUGUUACAGGUAUGCAUCGCCAUAAAAGAGUGUUCAUUAAAAAGUGAAACUGAA